UCGCUGCUAUUUCUCUCUUAUCAAACAGAACACAUUUCUUUCAUUUUUGGCUUGUACACUCAUUGAUGAUAGAAAACUACAUCAGUAUACGGCAGUCAUACUUCCAUUGUGUUGAACUAAAUGCUUUGUUUGUGCUAUUGAGUCAGUGUCAAAAUUAUGUAUAAAUUUUAGUGGAUAUUCUGCGCAUAAUAUAAAUAAUUAUUCGCAAAAUAAUUCAAGUAAAUAAUUUGCAUAGAUUAUACUCUCCUGAAUUCAUUUCAAGUGUUACUCCAUAGAUUAUUAAUGAUCACAAAAAAUGACUGAAGAAAAAAGAUUAUUGUCGGAGAGGAGUGCAUGUUGUGAGAGUGAAAAUGAGAAGAGCUUGGAAGAAUUGAGGGAGGCUGCUAUUUUGAGCAAACUCGUCUACUUAAAUGACCCCAAAUACACCGAUGAUGAGUUGGAAAUAUUUUACAAAGUGGAGGAGCUACGACAAAAAGUGCUUGGUGAAUUGGAACAUGACAUUAGAACUGAUGAUGAUUUUCUCAUGAGGUUUCUCAGAUCCAAACACUAUGACGUUGAAGGUGCCUUCAAAAAGUUGAAGAACUACGACAGCUUUUACCGACGUCACUUGGGAUGGAAAGAGGUGCACGUGGACGUGACGAGUCACGUAUUUGGCGACGGCGUCGUGAAUGUGUUGGAGCAUCGUGACGCCCUCGGCAGACGCGUGCUUUGGUUCAGAUCCUGCAACUGGCUGCCACACCAAGUUUCUCCCGAUCAGCUACUCCAGGCAGGCGCAUUGAGUUCAGAGCUGACAUUCCUAGAGCCAAGCACGCAGCGCGCUGGCCUUGUCAUAAUCUACGACAUGAAAGACUUUGGAUUGUCACAUCUACGCUCUGUGACCCCCUCGUUCGCUCGUCGAAUGACAUUUUUCAUGUCGGAAUGUGUACCUCAGAAAAUUGAGUCUCUCCAUGUGAUCAAUGAGCCAACAACCUUCUCAGUUCUUUACUCGUUAUACAAGAGGUUUCUGGAUGACCGAGUGAAACAGAGGUUACACUUCCAUGGCGCCGACUUGUCCAGUCUCCACGAACAUGUACCAGUUGAUAUUCUGCCUGUAGAGCUGGGUGGUUCACAUAAUCAUGACCCAAAAAGAUGGUUGGCACUAACCGAAGUAAAAUCUGUUGUCAGAGAAUUGGAGCGCCUCAACUUCAGAAUUGUGUCAGAGAGUGUUGAAGAAGGAUGUGAAGCAGAAGAGGAGGAGGAGGAGGAGGAGGAGGAGGAAGCUGAUCUCUUUUUUAUAUAAAAUAAUGUAAAUAAUCUCCUAGUAUCCUUAGCUACUAAUAACAACAUUUUCUUACUGAAUGUAAACUUGAGUAUAUUGAUAAUUGAAUAAGUGAUUAAAAUAAUUUGAUAAAUUUAGUAUAAAUUUAUCAUAAAAUUAAAUAAAUAGAACUAAAUAUAUUUUGAUAAAUGGGCAUUUUCAUAUUCUUAUUCCUUAUGAAUUUCAAUUAAUUUUUAGUUUAAGAAAUUGAUUGAAUAAAUUGGAUGACUAAUAUUCUUGUGUAGUAUUUAUGUGAGAAAUGAAUUGACACAUUUUCAUGUUAGUAGAAUUAUUUUGAUAUUGUUUAAUCAGUUCAACCAUAAAUUAGAUAAUUGAAUGGAAUAAAAUUAUUUCAAGUAAAUUGAAAACGUUUGUAGGAGAGAAUAUAUUUUUUAGUUCCGAAUUUUCAAAAUUAAAGAAACUUGAAUGAAAUGCAA